CGCUCGUAUUCCACGGACGCCGCUGAACGGUGUACGCCGCACGCUGCCGCAGCCCCGCGAAUGCAGGGAGAAAGAAAAAGCCUUCGAUUAUGGCCAAGUCAUUCCCCCGAGUAGCUCUCUCUCUCUCUCUCUCUCUCUCUCUCUCUCUCCUCUUUAUAUCGCGAGGCGAGCUGCUCCUUGGCCAUGCACCCUACCAAUCGAUCCUGGUCUCUUCAAACACCAGCGCGUCCUACCUCGUCUGACCAAUGGCUUUCCCGGCGUCUUCGUCCGCGACGGCCUUGGUCCUCCUCCUAUCUCAGUUCCUCCUCCUCCUCCCGUCCGCCACAGCGGGGGUGAUCUGCGAGGACCUGCCGCAGGACCUGUGCGCGUUCGCUGUGUCGUCCGCCUCGAAACGGUGCCUGCUGGAGAACACGCAGCUCGGCCGGGGCCGCACCGAUUACCAGUGCAGGACGUCGGAGGCAGUGGCGGAGGGAAUAUCGGAUUGGAUAGAGACGGACGAGUGCGUGCGGGCGUGCGGCGUCGCCCGCGGCAACGUCGGCAUCUCCUCCGACUCCCUCCUGGAGCCUGACUUCGUGCAGAAGAUCUGCUCCGCCGAGUGCUACAGCAACUGCCCCAACAUCGUCGACCUCUACUUCAAUCUCGCUUCCGGAGAAGGUGUUUUCCUGCCGGAUCUGUGCGAGGCUCAGCGAGGGGACCCCCGCCGCGCCAUGGCGGAGUUUCUCAGCUCUGGAGCAGCACCGGGGCCGGGGGCUCCUCCUCCUGUUUCCACCUGAGAACGAGGGGGUGGCAUCUGUCCCUCGUCCCUCUUCUUCCUUGUUGCAGAUAACGAUGCGGUGCAUGCGGGGAGCCUGCAACUACUUGUCUUUUCGUCCAUAUAAUAAAACAUCAUACCAUCUCUUCUGUUUUAGGAUCAAUGAUACCUCAAUCAAAAUCUUUAUCGUUAUAUAUUCUUAUUAUUUUGCGAAUUCA